CCAGUUUUGCGUACUGUAUGAUUCAACGACGUGCAUAUCGCCAAAGUACACGAAUAGAUGGGCGAGAUCGCUCUGGCUUAGGAUUUCUGAAAUAGUGGCCGGUAAAUGAACAGAAAUUCCCCGAAUCAUGGAGGAGGAAGGCGAGCGUUGACCUCCUCCGCUCACCACGCAGGACGGCCGAUGCGUCACUCUGCUCCGUGCACCAGCACCACUCAUGGCCGCUUUCGCUCCUGCUGCCGUGGCCGAAGAUUACAAUAACGAACAGCAAUGGUGCGCGCUUUGCUCGGAACGACUGCAGGGCACGGAGCCCAAAAUCCUGGCCUGCCUUCACAGGUUCUGCCGGCCCUGCUUGGAGAUGAGAGUGGCCGAGCCAGACCGCAUACGGUGCCCUAUUUGUUACCAGGAAAGCCAGCUCGGCGAUUUGGGGGUGGACGGUCUACCGUCCGAUCUUUUCAUCAGUAAUAUUCUGGAUGUGGUCGGCAGUCAUGAGGAUGAUGGAGACGGGGUUGUGUCGUCGUCUGAACGGCGGACGUGCAGCUCUUGUGAUGAGGGGCAAGUUGCAUCCAGGCUUUGCAGGGACUGCAACGAGAGAUUAUGUGAAAGCUGUGUGCUUGCCCACCAACGCGUCCGAUUGACUAAAGAUCAUGAAAUAGUUACGCUACAAUCCUCAGGGCCUAGUACAUCAGGAAGCUAUCACAGACAUGCGCAACGCCAAUCCUACCAAGCGCAGAUACAGCCAGUGUCAGAUCGACCUCCAAGCUAUUGCGAAAUCCAUCAGAACGAAGUCUUGCGGUUGUACUGCGAUUCUUGCAGUAAAGCCAUAUGCCGUGACUGUACCAUGAUGGAGCAUCGCGGCCACAGCUGUGUAUAUCUUCAGAAUGCAGUUGAAGACAGCAAAGCUAUCACCCUCCGUCUACUCAGUGAUGCCAAGAAUGGAAUGCAGGCUUUGCAGGAGAGUUUAUCCCACACCAAAGGAAUGGCCGAACGGGUUGAGAUGAGAACCCAGCUUGUGGUCAAGGAGGUUCAGACGACCAUGCAUCGACACCUGACUGCGCUUGAAGAACGGGAACAAGAUCUGCUUCGAAAGGUGGACAAGAUUCGACAGGUGAAGGGAAGAGCUUUGCACAUGCAAAUGGAAGAUUUGAAGCGUGGUUUAGAGAGCGUCUCAAAUUGUGUUGGAGCUGUUGAAAAGGCUUUGCAGAGUGGCACCGAUUUGGACGUUCUCAAGACCAAGGAUAUGAUUGUCAAUCAGAUGCAGGCCCUGAGAAGUCUUCGAGGUCAUCUACAGCCCCAUGAAGAUGAUCAAGUAGUUUUCACACCCCCCGAUACUGCCCUCCACACUGCCAUCAGCUCUCUGGGAUUCAUAAGCAGCAGCGCCUAUGCUCCAACUUCAUAUGCCACAGGCGAUGGGUUGAAGCGUGCACUUCAGGGAAAAAUCACCACGUUUGUGGUGCACGCCAAGGAUCACAAUGGUGAAUGUCGGUGCAUCGGAGGUGAAGCUGUGGAAGUUAUCAUCCAAGGCCCAGAAGGUGGUCUCUAUCCUGCUGAAGUCAUCGAUCGUCAGAAUGGUACCUACUCUAUCAGCUACCGACCACAGCUAGAAGGUCGUCACGUAGUGUCCGUCACAAUACGAGGGACCCACAUCCAAGAUAGCCCCUUCAUUGUAACUGUCCGUACUGGUCGUAACUACACCAAUAUCAGCCAUGUGCAGCUUGCAUUUGGCACUGAAGGUGAGGGCGAUGGUCAGCUUUGUCGUCCAUGGGGAAUAGCCGUCAAUAAGGACAAUUUCAUUGUCAUAGCCGACCGCAGCAACAACCGCAUUCAAGUCUUCAACCCCGAUGGCACAUUUCACCACAAGUUUGGUUCGGCAGGAUCUCGAAAUGGGCAGUUCGACCGUCCAGCAGGAAUCGCCAUCGACAACCAAGGAAACAUCAUCGUUGCCGACAAAGACAACCACCGCAUCCAAGUCUUCUCGUUCGAGGGGCAGUUCCUCUUCAAGUUUGGUGAGAAGGGAAGCAAGAACGGCCAGUUCAACUAUCCAUGGGAUGUGGCCAUCAACAACGAGGGCAAGAUUCUGGUGUCGGACACACGUAAUCAUCGCAUCCAGCUCUUCCAUCCUGAUGGCACCUUCUGCAAUAAGUACGGCUUUGAGGGGGCUUUGUGGAAACACUUUGAUUCCCCAAGGGGCGUUGCGUUCAACAACGAGGGCCACGUAGUCGUCACGGAUUUCAACAACCACCGGUUACUGGUCAUCCAUCCAGAGUUCAAGACAGCUCGGUUCCUGGGCUCGGAAGGCACAAACAACGGGCAGUUUCUCAGACCUCAGGGAGUAGCCAUUGACCAGGAGGGCAACAUCAUCGUAGCUGACUCCCGAAACCACCGCAUCCAAGUAUUUCAGCCAAACGGCAACUUCCUGUGUAAGUUUGGCAUACAGGGGAUGCAGCCAGGUCAUCUGGACAGACCGUCCGGUAUCUGCGUCACCCACGAUGGUCUCAUCCUAGUGGUCGACUUUGGCAACAAUCGUGUGCAAGGUUUCUGAAUAUACAAAUGUUAUACGGGUAUUAUAUAAGCCAUCAAAAGGAGGAUGGCUGGUGUACAAGGGCCGGUUCCUUUAAGUUGUUUGCAUUUGGCCACAUCACAUUAAAACAAAUUGUAAAAUACGUGUUUCUUGUUGGUGUUGAAAAGUUUUGCCUCGUAGUGCUUAAAGCAUUUUUACUCGGCUGUGCUUUCCAGUACUUGUGGUACAUUUUCCUAGUAAACCCUCGUAAAAAAAAAAAAUAAUGCAAUUUUUAGUUUUAAAAAAAAUGGUGUGUUUUCAUCCUCUGGCCUGUUGUAUAGAAUGGUAUUAUGCUUGCAUGUGAUGUAAAUGUGAAAAUACAAUUAUAUUUUAUCUAAAGUGCUUUCUCAGGAGAAUUUGUGAUGCGUGUUAAAAUGCAAACAUCUUAAUGGUGCCGAGGCAGAGAUAAGUAAUUGAUUUUAGCUGUCUGUUGAGCAGGGGCAAAACAGUUGUCUUUUACUUGGCGAUGCUUUGUAAAGUUCCGAUGACAAAAAUAUUGUUGGUUUGAUCAAUUUAUGAUGUACAUGUAUGCAGCUUUGAUGGUUCUUAAUUUGGAAAAAAAAAAUAUGGAAGCAGAUUUGCAUGUUCAAUAUGAAUUUUAAAACUGCUCGAUAAAACCAAUGCGCUUUUUAGAUAGAGAAGCUUUAUUCACAUUUGAGAAUAGCAUCCGUAAUUGGCCAAACUAAAAGUGCUAAACUAAAAGCUUGGAAGAAAAGGCAAAAAUCUUUUCUUGUAAAAUUGUCCCAGCUGAUCAUGUAGCUGUCGUCAAUGUGAGUUGUGGUACCAGGACGGCACCACACUAAAAAUAUAAAACUCUUCCACCACCAAAGAUUUUUAAACUGUUCAGAAUAUUUAGUGUUUUAGCAAGACGUCGGCCUAAGGCUGUGUUUUUUUGUGUGCAGGUCCAACCAUGCAAGUGAGAUGCUAACAUCUCGCACAGCAGAAUUUUAUGAUUUUUAUACAGGAAAAGAAAAAAAGCUUAUAAAGCGAUUCUCAUUCAGGGUUUCAUACAUGUACAGGUAUUAUUGUGCAGCAUUUGUGUCGCUGCAGUGCUGCCUUUUUGAAAAUCAAGCAAAAUAAUCCGAGAUUGGUGAGUUUUAAAAAGGCAGCGGAAGUACAUGUAAUAAGCGGUUUAUUAAAUAGAUUUUUAGAAUUUCUGCUUUCACCAAGUUCCAACAUGGGCGCUUUUCAGAUUUCAAAAGAAAGGGUCGCAGCAAAUGCAAAUGCAUUUUUUGAGGCACUGUACAAAUGUGUGAAAAUUGGACACAAAGAAUAAAACCUUUUUUUUUCUUGUGAUACAACAAAGCUUCAAAGCUGGAAGCAUCGCUAUCGCCAAACGUUAAAAACGAACAUUAAAGUGAAAGAUUGAAAUGAAUACUCCCAAUCUGUGAAAUGAAAAUGUUAAUGAAAAUUAAAGCAUCUGCGCGCUGCAUCUGAAAUGAUCAAUGGAUUUUGACGAUUUCAGUGUUUUUUUUAAAGUGAUUGUGACUUCCAUAUAAAUGUGUAUUUUAGACUGCACCGUUUUUAAAUUCUACCUCAGUAUAAAUGUCUUGCACCUCCUUAUAGAUUUGAGUGUAGGUUUUUGGAUUAUUAUAAAGCAGUGCCUUGGUUUAAAGGUAGUAUUUUGGGAAUUUCUUUUGAUGUUUUUUUCUUUUCUUUACCUUUUUUUCACUUGCACACUUUGUUGUAACGUGUAUUGCAUUCAUGUAGGUGUUGAUAUUGAUGGAAUUGUGUUCUGUUACAUUUGUGACAUUUUGUGUUCCUUUGUUGUUUUUUCUCCAACAUAUUUUACUGGACAUAAUCACGUUUAAGUUUUGUAAAAAAAAUUGUUUAGCUGCUUGGCUCUGUCACAGUUUUAUACCUCAAAAUCAGAGUUUAUCAAAUACUUUCAACGCUAACGAACGCGUGCCAACUUUAACAAACAUGUACUUCAGAAGUACACAAUUUGCGCUUUUUUAACUCAGGAAGCGAAAUCUCAGGCUAUAAGUAGGCAAAUCACACUUUCAAUAACUAGGCAAAGCCUGAAAUAAUGUGUGAAUGGACGUUUGAUCAUUUCAGCCAAAAUUUGUAUUUUGAGGGAUGAGUUGGUUAAGGGCUUGCUCUUAAACGUCUUAAGUGUAGUAUUUGUUACAAUUUGCAAAGCAUACAUAGAUUAAACAGUUAUCGGCUUGCUACAGUGCUAGGGCAUGACUCAGUUUUAAUGCGCCUCAAAGCUUGCUGAUUAAUCACAGUUGAGUACAACUCGAGUGCGUUUCCCUCCUUAAUCUACUUAACUGCACUUACAAGGAGACGUCGUAAUUACAAAACCAGUGUACAUGCAUGUCAAUCUGUUAGCUGCUAUCACUAGCAUUUGGUAAUAUUUUUCUUGCAACAGAAAACUUCCACUCCUUGCCUUACAACCGGCCAAAUUCAUUGCAUGUUAUCAUGAAACAUCACAGUUAAAUUCCACAGUUAUUUUUCACUAAAAAUAAUUCAGAACAUUUUAAAAACAGUUUCGUCAAUUGGAUUUUUUUUUUUGUAAAUCCUUUUUCAUCAUUUGGAAUGCAGGACAAACUGUGCAGGGUUGUGUACACAUUUUUUGUGAAUCCAAUAUGGCGGACGAUGCCAGAAAUCUCAGUGUGUGCUGUGUGCAUGCUUUAGUAGGUCACUCCUGACGAAAUCUAACCACAACAUUAUGCAGGAGGUCAGUUUCCUUAGCUACUUGCCCUGACUACCUACAGUACCCCUGUACUCCUUGCUUAAAGGGACCGACGGAAUUACUAGUCUUAAGCCUCGUGAAACAAAAAUGGCGAUAUUGGUAGAUUUUUUUUUUAAGAGGAUCGACUUGUAGCUUGUCACGGUGCAGAAAGAUUAGGGAUUUGAUCCUUGUAGGGUAGAAAACGUGGUCAAAAUUGCUGAGAAUAUUUCUGUUCUGAUCGACAUGCCCUUUUUUCUUUCUUUUUUUCAGUUGAUAGGGAUUUUGCAUUUUAUAUUCUCCUAUGAUUUAUGUUGCCUGUAAAUGAAAUGCAGUAAUUUAUGGUACAUGACAUAGUCAUUGUAACUGCUCAUGCUUGUUUCUUCUGUGUCUUCACAUUAUUUUUUCUAAGCAAUCAAAUUUUGUACAGAGUACAGUUAACUUGAAUUCUUGUUUGUUCAAAGAUUCAUGGUGUGGCUAACACUAACGUGGACAAAGUUAACCGUUUUCAUAAUAAGAUAAUAUCAAGCACUACAAUUUUACACGUUCUUGAAGACAUCCAUUUUGUUUUUCAUGUUGAUUUCAGUUUGUACUGUUGCCUAUGCCUCGGUGACUGUUACUAACAAGUAAUGCAUUCUGAUAGGCAUUUCACACUGAGCUGUUGGUUUCACAACCUAAAAGGGAGGGCCGUUUGCAAUAAAUCCUUGACCUCAAAAGAGAAAAACACACAAGUUGGCUUGAAUAUAGCCUGGGAAAGAGUGAUUCAAGUAUUUCUCUUCUUGCUGAUAAAGAAAAUUAGUAUGCAUGCUUUAGGAGGUCAACUCUUUAAAUAGGUUGUAAACAUCGAUAUCACAUCAGCCAAAAUGGAAUAAACAGAGGGUAUGGUUGUGAGAUGAUGUGCAUGUUUUGAAGAGAGUACAGUGGAAAGUCCACUAAUUUUUACAGGUUUUUGUUUCAGAAACCAAAAAAAAGAAAAAAAGAACAUGGACAUGAAUCUGUCAAAAAAUGUGGAGUCAUUUCCUGAAAGAAACGUAUACCGGUAGUUUACUCUUGAGUCCUUGAAAAGGAAGUCAGGUGCCAAAUUUGGUCAUCAUUUUAAAAUGAGACUGCAAAGAAAAUUGCUUUUUAAAAUGUAAGAGUUAACAAAUGUGUCUUUUUUUUUCUUUUCAGGCAAUUCAUGUGCUAGAGUUUCUUUACAUGGUUGGUUUUCUGAAGUUACCUUGCACUUUGUGGUUGGGGAGAAAUUUCUCAGGUGAAUGGCCCUUAAGUGUUGAGAAAAUGGGAAAAUGAUCAAAAUCAAACAUUCUUUUGAUAAAAAAGAGAAACUAAACGUGUUCAGAUGUGAAGUGUAGCAGCAGUCUACAGUCCAUAAUCAAAACUAUUGCAAAUUUGCAAAAAACAAAAAACGGAAUAUAUCCAUAACUGGUUAUAAAACCAAAAACAUACAACACAAGCAGACAUAUCGGUAUUGUGAUGAAAUUUAAUUUGCCGGAAAUUUAGUUGUAAUUUUACAAUUUGAGAUAAAUGAAACAUGUGUGCUUUUAGUGAUUUACAAUUUAGGAAGGGAAACAUGUACAUUUUAUGCGAGUGUGUGAUUUUUCAGAAGUCUACUGGAAGGACAUUUCUUUCAAGAGAAAUUUCUUGUCCUGUGUUUCGAUGACAUGAUUAACCGAGCUAUUUUACACUGUUUUGAUAUCCAUGGGGAAAAUUGUGGGGUUCCAACUAUUUGAUUGGUUGAGUUUAAAAGGGUUGCUCUUUAAAAAAAAAAGGACAGCUCGUAUUAUUUAAUCAUUCAUGAAUCUGGUAUUUUUUCUUCUGGAUGUUAUUAUUAUACGUGGUUCAUAUUGAAUUCUAGGUUUGCAUGUGUUAGUUAUAGCUGCAUGCCACAAUACAUGCACAUGUACAUUACACUGAAGGUGUUUGCCAAUUUACUAAAACAGUAGUUCUUGGAACAUGAGAAAGUAUUUAGCAGAAAUGUGAUAAGUAGUAAAUACGUAACACCGAUUUACAAAAGUAACCUUGGAUGUCAAACUUUGGCUCCAAAUUUGGUUCGCAUAAUUUGCACAUUGUAUACGUGGAUUUGGUCAUAGUUUCAAACUUUCAAAUACAUUAGCAGUCCUGUGAAUAUACAGCAUGAUAUAUGCACAAAAGGCUGGCUUACGUAAUUAUCAACGAUCCAAAACUGCACUUUCAAGGUGACGAAGUAAACGAGUCUAUACUGCCUAAAGGGAUGUUAUUUAAAAAAAAAAAAAAAAAAAAAAUGGUAUUAAAUCUUGUUACGCUUUUGUUAUAAUGAUAACUGCUGUGCUGUACAUACCGCUUGCCUUGUGCAGCCACGCUGCUCGGUCCGUGUUUGUGCUGCGUGAUUACAUUUUAUGGGAUAUUACAGAUUGCGAAGCAAAGCCUUAGGUGUGUUUAGCUCUGUGUAACUUUGAAUUACGGGUAGCCUUGUACGUGGUGUAUCUCUAAGAUCCCACCAAAAAGGCUUGUUUUUUCGUUCGAGUCCCAUCUAAAUGUCGACAGAAUAUAAAAUGCUUUGCAAAGUUGCAUCUACCUCAAAAGUGUGGUAAAAAUGUGGCUCGAUAUUAUUACUCAAGAGCUAGCUCUACUACUCUGUUUAAACUCAGGUAUUGUACAAAAGAUAGUAAUUUUUUUUUUUUUCAACUUUUUUUUUUUUUUUGAGUUGGAAAGCUCUCGGACGUGUCGGUUUUGUGAUAGAAAUAACUUUAGGUCAUAAUAUGAAUGUUUAUUUGCAGCUGAGUGAGAUGGAACAACAAUGUUUCCAAUGCCAAGCAUCAUUUUAUUAUUUCAUGCGAUCCUUGAAAGGGUAGCAUUGUUGAAAUGUUUCGGCAGGGCUUCAAGUUCACUUGUAACGGUCAACUGUAUGGAAAAGAGUCUUGUUGUAGAAAAGAGAAUGCCAGCUUGACAUGCUCUUUUGAGCCUGUUAUUUUGCUUAUAACUUUUUUUUUAAAUGAUGCACUUUGGCAUUCCGUCUGUGUUGAUGUUCAUGUUUUGGUGCAGAAUCUGCCUCAUUUAUAUUACAAAAUAUCUUUUUUUCUCUGUAAACUUAGAAUAUUUUUUUCGGUGAAAUUUCAUCAUUUGCAAAUAGUGUUCGUUUCGGUUGAAUAAGUUGUUAUUUUGUGGGUGAAUUGAAAAAUUUAACUUUUGUGUAGGAUUGCCGAGUCUGCAUAAGGGUCAGCUGACAUGUCAUGUGAUUUUCACGGUCAAGAGGUGAGAAGCCCUGCUGAAUCAUUCAAGGUUUUUUUGUUAUAAUUGUAUAAUUUUCUGAUAUAUCUAAAACAUAGUUUUGAUCAUAUUGGAUUGAAUCCACUUUGUCGUGAAGAUGUUUAAUCGUGUCGAUUAUUUUAUUUUGAAAUUUUGUGUUAGUGUUUAUAAGAGCCUUGCAUUGUUGUUUUGAUUUGUGUCAAUCAGUAAUUGUCGUUAGAAUCUUAGAUUUUUUUAUAUUGUUAUCCAUAAAAUGAAAUAUUAGAAUUGAUUAUCGAAAAAAAUGAUUAGAUGAAUGUUUAAAUGCAUUUUUGACUGUUUGGUAACUGAAGCAGUCGGUUGGUGAUUUAGGAACUUACUACGAUUACCAAAUGCAAUUUGAUUUUCUCCUGUCAAUGUUUGAUGUAAGUAACAAAGUUCAAUUUAAAAUGCUGCAUGUUCAUGUAUUUACAGACUCUGACAUAGGUUGUAGUUUCUAUUAAUGUGUAUCAGUAGAAAGUAGCCAGAAAGGAUGUUAAACAAUAUGAUAUUAUGGAGGAAAACGAAUGCUUAAAUGCUACUGUGGAAGGGGAAUAUGACAAAGGGGUAAUUUUUGCCAAGAUCAGCAUUUGUACGUGUAGCUCAAAUGUUGCACUCUGUUUUUUUUAAUGUAAACACGAUCAUCACGAUGAGUUCAUUAACCCGGAAAUAACUACCCUUAUUAGUCUUAAUUUGCAAAAUAAAUUUAAUUUGGGAAAAGACUUCUGAAAUCUGUAUUUUACAUGAUGGAAUUGGGGAACACUAGUAGUUAUGGUUUUUGUUUGUGUGGAUCCUUACAUAUAUGCUGCAAAGGGGUGAACUAAUUAUGAAAUAGGUGUAUAGGAAGUAAAUAUGUUUGCAGGUGCCAUAUGUACAUGUAGCAUUGCUUAUUUUUUAGUAGUCUGGCCACGUCCAAGUUUGACAUAAUACCUCGAUGAACUGUUUAAUUACAUAAUGUUAUUGGAAUUGUGUAUGGAUUCUGAAGGGAAAACAGAUGUUUAGAAAUCUAAUUGGACUGUAAAACUAUGAAUUUGACUAGUCAGUUCUCAAAUUUUAUGAAAUCAAUGUAGCAUAAAUGCAAAUGGAAUGCCAAUUAAUUUUAAGUCGGAUUUUUAAAUACAUUAUGUAGUUUGCUUAUGCUGUAAACCUCCUUAGGAAACAGGAAAAUUUAAGAUAAUCCUAAAUUGAAGAUAAGGGAACCUUUAAAAUUGACACAAAUUCUGUCCUGUUGAAUAACAGUUUUGAAAUUUUUGAAAUUCAUAGUCAUAUUCUAUACUGGGGCAACUUUUUAGCAUCUUUUAUGCACGCUGAGUAAAAUUUGGUGUACGUAGUUUUUAGUGUUGGUCAGUGUAUUAAAAUUGUUAGAGUGUAGAUGAGUAUUGUAAACUGUAGUUUGAGUAAAAUUGUUACCAGUUUAUAUUUUUUAAAUGUGGCCUUUGGGAGGAGAAAUACCCAGCAACACAAGACAUUUCAGGGAAAAAAAUGUGGCGUACAUGUAUUUCAGGGAUAAAUGUCAUGGGUGAAUUCAAGUCCAGGAAGUGAUCGCGUAUUUGCUAGAAUAGUCAUGCAAUGGUUAAUGCCUUAUUGGUUUUCUGUUGCAAUUUGCAAUUGACAAUUGAGAGUUUUUGUUUUUGAAACAUUUUCAAUCUUUAGCCCAGUUCGUUAUCAGAAAAUGGUACCAAUUUCGGUUAGCAUUUGAUAACUAUUUGCCAGAGAUGUGAGAAAAACGUUUUCAGGAAAGGAAUUGUUCGUCCAUGUGGUCGAGUCCAUAAUGUUCUACCCCAACGAAAAGGCUUAAAGACCCCCCCCCCCUCAAAAAAAGCAUUUUAGUUAAAAAGUACACUACGAUAGUAUUUUAUUAGUCCUGCUAUAAACUUUUAUAUGGAAUAGGCCUAUAUAACUGUUGCUUUGCAUAAACCUUCCUUUAUACAUGUCCAUGCUUACAUGUACCUGAAAAUGCACACAGUGCUUAAUGGUACUUCAGGUAAAAUGGUUCCGUAAAUGUUUCUACCUCUUAGCAAAAAAAAACAACGAAUAAAUACAGCAACAAAGUGAUACAAUACAAUUGAUAAAUGAUACAAUUUUCUGAUGUCAUAUUGACAUCUAUUACAAUAACACAGAUUGCAUUGAUUUUUUUAAAGGGAAUGAUUUAUUAUCUAGAGACAUUUCAGAAAGGUGAAAUGCUUGUCUUAUAGAUUUUUUUUAAACAAUUUGCAUUGUCUUGGAGUGUACCUUUAAGGUGUUGUACCAUACAUGUCUUAAUAGCCAAGCUUACCUCAUGCGUCAGAAUGUAAUGUUUCAUUAUUUUGUUCAUGCAAAUAAAAGAAAGGCCAAGAAA